AGAAAAAAAAGAUCAAGAUUUAAAUAAGCAUCAGCAAGUUGUAAAAUAUGACUCGCCUGGGCACUCUUCUGUUCUGCACAAAUAUUUAGACUUAUUAGAGCAUAUUCAUGAAAGCAUAGAAUUCAGUGCUGCUAAUAGCAAAAGAAAAAAAGAAGUUAUUAAAAUCCAAACAGUUAAUCACUUACAGGAGGCACUAAAGUUAAAAUAUGAUGAACAUCUUUUUUGGUCUACU